GCCGGGCGCCGCUCCCUCGCUGGCAGUGCUCGCUAAGAUGGCGGACUUCCUGCCGUCGCGCUCCGUGCUGUCGGGCUGCUUCCCCGGCUGCCUGCUCACCAGCGGCGAGGCGGAGCAGCAGCGCAAGUCCAAGGAGAUCGACAAGUGCCUCAACCGCGAGAAGACGUACGUGAAGCGCCUCGUCAAGAUCCUGCUGCUGGGCGCGGGCGAGAGCGGCAAGUCCACCUUCCUCAAGCAGAUGCGGAUCAUCCACGGGCAAGACUGGGACCGGGCGGCCCGCGAGGAGUUCCGAGCCACCAUCUACAGCAACGUGAUCAAGGGUGUCAGAGUCCUCGUCGAUGCCAGAGAGAAACUUCAUAUCCCUUGGGGAGAUCCUGCUAACCAAAGCAACGGAGACACGAUGAUGGCUUUUGAUACUCGGUCGGUCACGGUGGUGCAAGGCAUGGUGGAGACAGCAGUUUUUUUACAGUACCUCCCAGCCAUAAGAGCUCUCUGGGCAGACAGCGGCAUCCAGCACGCCUAUGACAGGCGCAGAGAAUUCCAGCUGGGGGAAUCUGUAAAGUAUUUCUUGGACAACUUGGAUAAACUUGGAGAACAAGACUACCUUCCCUCCCAGCAAGACAUCCUGCUGGCACGGCGACCCACCAAAGGCAUUCACGAGUACGACUUCGAGAUCAAAAAUGUCCCUUUCAAAAUGGUCGAUGUAGGAGGCCAAAGGUCCGAGAGGAAACGUUGGUUCGAGUGCUUCGACAGUGUCACCUCCAUACUUUUCCUGGUUUCCUCCAGUGAAUUUGACCAGGUGCUGAUGGAGGAUCGGCAGACAAACCGCCUGACCGAGUCCCUGAACAUUUUUGAGACGAUAGUCAACAACCGCGUCUUCAGCAACGUCUCCAUCAUCCUCUUCCUAAACAAGACGGACUUGCUCGAGGAGAAAGUACAGAAAGUCAGCAUCAAAGACUACUUCCCAGAGUUUGAAGGGAAUCCCCACUGCUUAACAGAUGUCCAGAAAUUCCUGGUGGAUUGUUUUCGUACUAAACGCCGGGACCAGCAGCAGAAGCCCCUCUACCACCACUUCACCACUGCUAUUAACACAGAGAACAUCCGGCUAGUGUUCCGCGACGUGAAGGAUACCAUCCUCCACGACAACCUCAAGCAGCUCAUGUUACAGUGAUGUGCCACCAAAACACCCAAACAAAACCCCACCACAGCAACAAAAGACAUUUUGAUUUCAGUAACUUUUGUGUGUGUUGGGUUGGUUUUUGGUUGGUGGUUUGUUGGUUGGUUGGUUUUUUUUUUCAGGGGGGUGGGGGUUGUGUUUUGUUUUGUUUUUCUAAACUAGAAGUUUACAGCAGGAGUAGAGAAAUCCAGAUCCUGUCAGACUUCUUGAGAUGUGGCUGAAAGCUGCUGCUGAACACAUUAUUGCCAAUUUCUGCAGGAAUUCAGGCUUAAAUCUCUUCCAGUGUAGCUUCAAGUUGACUCGAGUUGUAAUUUUAGAGCAGGCCUAUGUGUAAGUUACCUGUAAAGUGAUAAAUCCAAAGGUGUAUCUUAUCCUAGAAAAUUCAUUCCACCUGCAGAAUUCCCAAUUCUGUUGCAAUUGUUAGACUGUGGCAGUAACUUAAGGGUGGGGGGUGGGGGGGGAAGAGAAACUUUUCACUUCUGACUUCAUGCUGAAGACUGUGAUACCGUAGCUGACUUAUGAUUUCUCAGGUCUGUUGCUGGUUAGAAAUCCGAUCAAAUCCCUUGCUGGAAUCAUCUGUUUGAAGCUAGAAUUCCUGGGUGUAACUAACGUACUUCCUGUUCCAGUAGGAAUCUUUGCGUGGGGUUGGACUUGGGGAGAGGUUUUAAAGUGCUUUGAGUGGGAGCUUCGGAUGUGCCUGGCAGGAAAUCCCAAGGCAGGCAGAAGUCUAAUGAUGAGGAAUUAGUGGCUGGUACAGCGCAUGGGUUCGCUCCACUGCGUCGUUCGUACGUCUUAGAGCCGUGGCAAAGCACAGAGCACUAUGAAAUUGUGAUGUGGGAAGGGGAAGCAACCUAACCUUGGAUUUAGCUUCACUGAGCAGAUGUUAUCUGUUAGGUACCUUACUUGUUCUCAGAGCGCUUUAGUAGCACUGGUUAAGUUUGGACUUUUCUUCCAGCGUGCCUCAAUCGGUUAAGCGUUUGCUUGAGGGGUCAGAAGUACCUGCAAACCUAAGUGCCUCUUUGUGUUCUGUCCUCCUCUGAUAUUUUCAGUGGCCUUAUGUGAUCCCAGCAGAGGCCUUGUGUAGCUGACACCCUGAAGAUGAAUGUUUUCUUCUGGAGCAAAAAAAACCAUAAAGAAAAGAGAAAAGAAAAGAGAAAGAAAAGAAACCCCAAACUCACAGAUGUGCUUCAGCUGAUGAGGUUGUUUCUGAGACUUUCCACUUGGGUCUAAGUGUACUUGAGCCAAAUAAUGUUGCACAGCACACUCUGGGGGGGGUUGGGGGGGUGCUGCUUGUGACUGAAAAGAUUUUAACCCAAAGUUUCAUUGCGGUUUCAUUUUGAUUUCUUUUAUGUUUUAGAAGGGGUUGUUACCAUUGCCAUGUAAUUAAAACCAAGUCAUAAAAUAAAAGUACUUCUUGCCUAGAAAUCCUCUGCUGCAGCAGGAGGGCAAGCUGGUGAGCUUGUGCUCUAAGAAGUUGUGCUGCUCCCCACGUUCCCCCAGGCUGUAGUGUUUGCCUUGCCACUUUGCCCCAUGGAACCAGCCAAUUCCUGUGGAUCCUGAUGCUGGCCAAGACUUCCUGAAAUGAAUUGUUCCUGAAAUGAAUUGUUCUGACCACAGCCAAAUAGGUGGCAAAGCCAGGGGACAGAAUAACCUCACUGCUUGGAGCAGUGGCCCUGCUAGCACAUAGGAAAGCUGCCUGUCUUCUGAACUUAGCCUUUUACUUACUGUGAUUGUAAGUUCUGUUAGCAUCUCUGUGCUUCGUCCUCCUGUCAGUAGAAGGGGCAGAGUGUAUUUUUAGUCAAGUGCUUUGAAAGACCUCUGUUUUCUCACAUCAUCCAAUGAGUUCAGUCCUCAGUCUGCAGUUUCUGCAAUAAAGCACUGUUUGGGGAGGGAAGAAUUCUGGCAAGAGCUUGGGAAAAGUGACAGUGCACCCUCUCAAGAUAACCAUAAAGUCUAGGUGCAGCACUCCUAUCAGAAGGAUUUAGAUCAGGAACUGAGUGAGAUCCUGUCAGCAGCUCCAGAUGGGGUUAUUUGAUGCAGGUUUUGCCUGCUUGGUGGCCGUGGAUGUGAUUGUAUCUGGUGUGAUGUGAGCCAUUCAAGAAAGAGGGUAAGCUAGAGACCUCAGAAGAAGCUAAGUGAGGCUAUUUAAAGGCCUGGCCAAGAUGCCUGUCAUGGGAGUUCCAGAAGUUCUCCAUUUCCCUCUUUGGGAACGGAUGGGUUGAUUUGCUUGAGCUAUAAAUGCUACAUGAGCAGAAAACAAACCUCUUGACCAGUAGCCACAAAGUCUAGGGUUGGAAAGCAGGAAUUGAACAAAUCCAUGCCCUUGUUAGUCACCAGGAGGAGUAGCAGCUUUGGUUGGUUGUUUUUUCCCUUUGCUGACAGUUGUCUGAAGAAGCUUCUUGUCCAAAAAGAGACUUCCCCUCCUCUCUGAUCUCAAAUAAUCAGUUUGGAGAGGGUCUGCAGUAUGUGUUUUGCAGGAUGGCAGACUAGAUUGCAGGAAAGACUAAAGACUGGAUGAUGGGAAGGUUAUCAGGAGUUUUGUCUAGAAAAGGAAAAGAAAAAGACCAUGUACUGAUGUAAAAUAUUGAUGAGUUUUGCCUCAAGGGGGCUGUUGUUAUACUACAGAUCCUCAGAACUGGUGGCAGCCUAAGGGUCUGGUGGCAGCCUAAAGGUCUGAUGGCAGCCUAAGGGUCUGAUGGCAGCCUAAAGGUCUGGUGGCAGCCUAAGGGUCUAGUGACUAUCACUAAGGCACUUCUGAUGUUAGCUGAAGUGGGAAAAACAUUCAGCAGGCUUCUCCCCUUGAAGCAAGAGAAAAAUCUCCCUCUUCUCAAUCCUUUCAAAUCACUCUCCCCGUGAACCCCAAGGCCUGAAGGACAGCAAAGUGUGCCCCUACUUCUGACAAAGCAGGCCCUGGUAGCAAAGCACUAUAAAAAUCUCAGGCAGGAAUGAAUGAUUUUAAUGAAAUGACUGAGUCAAAUCACUUGCAUUUCCCACUCCUACUUCUUCAGAGAGGGGAUGAGGCAACUAACUCUUGAUGUAACUGUUUACAUGGUUCCUAUGUUAACCUAGUGGCUAAACAAACCCCAAUCAACCUUGGGCUGUUCCAUCUUCAGACUUGACUCUUUGUGAGCUGCCUGAAAAGGAGCACAGUUGUGUGUACUGUUGUGUUUCUCAUGAGUUUGGGGGGGUGUUUUUUGUACUAUUAUUAUUCUAAAUACUCUUUCUUUGUAGUGGGAUAUAACUUUGGUACAAGAGCUGAAGGGCUGAUGUCUUGAACAGACUGGUAGGUGGUUUGUUUUUUAGCCUGAAGCCAACAGACGAGUCGCUGGUGGCGAGUAAGAGUGAAGCUUGUCCGAGUAAAGCAGUCUGUGGUACAAGGUCAGGAUGUGGGAAAGCUGGUAGAAAAUCAAGUUUCCCAAGACUUUCUUAGUUCUCUUUGAUGGAAUGAGCUCUUAAAAAGAUCACUGACCCUAUGGAGGUAUACCACUGUCUUAUACAGCCUUCCUGUACACUCGAAGGUGAAACUGAGGUUGGAGCAACUGUUCCCUGCUGCAGGGUGUCCAAGCCAGUUGAUUGAUACCUGAAAACUGUGGCUAUUCAUCAGGGCUUUCCAGGUUUUCCUGGGUUUUCUAUGUUAUAUGUGGGAGCAUAAGCCAUCAGUUUGUGUCAAACUUAAGCUUUCUUCUCCACCCACAAAAGUCAGGUGGGUCCACUGAUCAUUUGGCUAAUGAGCAGCUUUGAAUCUUGCCCAUCACAAUUCAUCCAGCUCGGCUCGGCUGAGCGUUUGAAGCUUCAAGCCACUUGGCUAAUAAUAGUAUUUAUGCUCAGCCCCAGAUAGCUGGGUCAAACUCUACCCUACCCCAUCUGGAAGCAGCUCAAAAUUUGUGCACAUUGAACCAAAAAAAAAAAACAAACCACUUUUCUCUGAUCAUUUCUAAAGCUGAUUACAGAAGGUUUCAUUUUCCCAUUUCAGAAGGAUCCGGAAUAUUCAUGCCAUAACCCAACUGGUCCCGAGUUGACUUUGCAGGUCGUUGUCUCUUUGAUGGUACCAUGAACUUAGCUGGUUUGAAUUCCACAGCAUUGCAAUACAGUGCCACGAAUUUGAUUUUUGUUUUGGUUUUGUUGGUUUUGUUUUGCAAUUUCUUUGUACUUGAAAACUGAGUCGAGUUGCAGACUAUUUAAAAGCUGCUUUCCUGCGCUUCCAAGUAGCAGCGAGAGCUUACCUUAAGUGAAGCCUUUAUGUAUAAAAAAAAAAACCAAGACAGAGAAAAAAAAAAAGGGGGAAAAAAGGAAAAAAAAAAGGAUUAAAAAAAAAAGAAAUAUAUAUUUUGUAACAACCUCAUAGAUCUUUAACAAAACCCAAGGUUUGUAUUAGCUUUGUAUAAAUGUUUGUGGCUUACGAUUUUUAUAUGGUUUAACUUUUUAUAAGGAAAAAAAAAAAACCUACCCCCAAAACCUCUCCAGGGACUACUUAUUAUUGUAAAUUUAUGUUUCUGUCUUUUUUUUUUUGUUGUUGUUGUUAAUUUUUUUCCCCUCUUCCUUGCUUUACUUUCAAAUUGGCAAUAAAUUAUUUCAAAGGGAGGUCCUAGAAGGAAGGAAGAAAAAACAAAAUCACUUUUUUUGUUUGGUUGGUCUUUUUAAGUGGAAAUGGUGAAAUGGAACGGUUUUAAAACCUCUUUACACCUGCUUGUACAUUGCUCUGUACAUACUCUCCAAAAGUGUUGCCAUUCUGCUAUUAAUAUUUGCCUUGUGUACAAAAAAAAAAACCCUUACUGACGAUGAAUAAAAACAAAACAACAAAACA